AUGGCGGAAGAGAAGACCUACACGGUCUACUCAGACGGUGUAUUUGAUAUGCCGCACCUGGGACAUAUGCGACAGCUAGAACAGGCAAAAAAAAUGUUUCCAAAAUGCACGCUGAAGGUGGGAGUCACCGAUGAUGAAGAAACCCUUCAAUUGAAAGGGCAAAUUGUUAAUACAAUGUCGGAACGAGCGGAAUUCUUGCGUCAUGUCCGUUGGGUCGACGAAGUAAUAGCUCCGUGUCCGUGGAUUGUAACCAAACAAUUCAUGACAUCACAUGGCAUCGACUUCGUGGCACACGACGAUAUACCUUACUCGACAUGCCAAAAGGCAACAAAGGGUAUACAAGAAGCGAGUGAACAUGAUAUAUAUGGAUGGCUUAAGGAGGAGGGGAGGUUCAAGGCCACACAACGGACGGCCGGAGUAUGCACCACAGAUCUCGUAGUAAGAAUACUGCAGAAUUACGAAGAUUAUGUGGAAAGGUCGAUUAAUACCGGAGUCAAUCCGUCUGAUCUGAAUAUAGGAGCAACCAUGGCCAAUUCAAUAAGGGUAAAAAAGAAACUAAAUAAGUGGGUGAGGCAGCUGGCUGAUCAAAUCACUUCAACCGAUAUUUCACUUGGGCAUAAACUGGAAGAAAAACUGGAGGAGAUACGUGCCGGUAUAACCACAUCGUUGGAACAAUGGAUAGAACGUUAUAUAACUGCGCUACGUGAGUUCGUAGGAGAAGGAAGCGGCGUUGAUAACGAUGCAAAUUGUGAUUCCGUCAGAAUGGAGGAUGAAUUCUUGGACGUUUAUAGUGGCAAGGAUUUAAGCUCAAACACCGAUGAAUUCGUCGAUCUUACACCAACCAAGACCAGUGUGUAUUAUACUGGUGACGAUUUUGUAGACGCAAAUGGAAACAAAGAUGGUUUUGAAAAACUUGGGAUGACUUCCAUAACCGAUGAUUAUGACGAUGACAAUGACACAAGAGAAGACAUAGUCGUAUAUACGGCCGGGGUGUUCGAUUUGCUCCACUAUGGACAUGGCAGGCAUUUUGAGCAAAUAAAAAAGUGUUUUAACAAGGUUCACCUUAUAGUUGGCGUAGUGUCUGACGAUGUCGCUGUGAAUUUAAAGGGGAGAGUAAUGCAGCCAUGCAAAGAUCGAGCCGCUGCCCUGCAACACAUCAGAUGGGUCGAUGAAAUUUUAGAAGCUCCACCUACACCAAUUACACAGCGAUUUUUACGGAAGUACCACAUAGAUUAUGUUGUAUCAUCUCCCAAUGUAGAAUACGACCCAGAAGCUUUGCGUUGGCUAAAGGAAAACGGGAGAAUCGUGUAUACCCACCGGACUCCCGGUAUUAGCACCUCAAACAUCAUGUUGCGUAUAUUACGUAAUUAUGAAACAUAUAUCAAGAGGUCCCUAGAGAGGGGCGUUGGGAGAGAGGAUCUUAAGAUAGGUUUCACCACCGCUAACUCUAUAAAACUCAAGAGCUCGAUCGAAAAUUGGAAAAAGAAAUUCACCCAAGAAGUUCACAAGGCGACACUGACGGAUCACCCAGUGGGACAUGAGUUUGACCUGCUGGUCGACAAGAUCAUAGAAGUCGUCGACGGCUGGCGUAAGGAUUCACAAGCCAUCAUAGACAAUUUCAUUAAGUGUACCAUGUGGCCUCGUCAAGUUUAG